UUAGAACUGGGGCCAUGGGCCAGGGACCAACUCAUGAUAUAGAUGGGGACAUGGUCAGAAUCAUACUUGAAAGUCACAGGUGAGUUUUUCUAAUACCCUACUCCUUCAUCUUCCCUCGUGUCUCCUUGCAGGAAGGACAUUCCCGAAGAAGGGCCAAACAUGCGUGGUACACUACACAGGAAUGCUUCAAAAUGGGAAGAAAUUCGAUUCAUCCAGAGACAGAAACAAACCUUUCAAGUUCAGAAUUGGCAAACAGGAAGUCAUCAAAGGUUUUGAAGAGGGUGCAGCCCAGCUGGGUCCUCUUUCUCCUCUCCCCAUCUGCCCCCAUCCCUGCUAGAUGAGCUUGGGGCAGAGGGCGAAGCUGACCUGCACCCCUGAUGUGGCAUAUGGAGCCACAGGCCACCCUGGUGUCAUCCCUCCCAAUGCCACCCUCAUCUUUGACGUGGAGCUGCUCAACUUAGAGUGAAGGCAGGAAGGAACUCGAGGUGGCUGGAGAUGGCUGCUGCUCACCCUCUUAGCCUGCUCUGCCACUGGGAUGGCUCCUCCUGUUUGGGGCUCUUGAUCAGUGUGCUAACCUCACUGCCCUUCGGUAUUAUCCAUUCUUUCUGCCCAAAUUGCUCUAUAUGUGUUUGUCAUUGUUCAUGUGCAUCUUUGCUUGAGGAAACUUCAGCUGCAAAUCAACACGUCAGAUUGUGCAUUUUAUGUGAUGCAUGUAGUAAUUAUUUCUGAUCACAGACCACACAGAUUUCUUGUUUGCACAAUCUACACUGCCUUACCUUCACUUAAGCCAGAUACAAAAGGUGCUCAGACACACAAUGUACAUGGUGUACACGAGGGACUUGAGCCAGUUACCUUUGCUGUCACUUAUAAAUUCUGUUGGCUACUCACUUAAACAAUUGUCCUCUUUGGAAAUAAUAUGUAAAAUAAAGGCUCUGUGCUUGACAA